UAGGCGCGCGCCAGAGAACAGGCGAACGGCGGUGACUGGCCCUAUGGGCGGCUUUAUUUCGACGCCAUUGGUGCAGCUAGGCUUCAUGUCGGCAGAGAACGAUCGUCCGGACUCCCCUCCGCGACCUGUCACCAUGUCGAGGGUCGUGCGGAUGAGUAGUGAGACACGUGGUAACUGGAAGCGCACCAGAAUACAAGUCGUCCUUCGUUCGACCAGUUCGUCCUCGUCCUUGGACAGCACCACGUCAAGCGAAAGCUCCCAGUCAUCUGAAUCCUGUCCGUCUGAUGUCGCCAGUGAGAGUGGAAGCAGCAAUAGUAGCCGCAGCACCCUGGGAAAUUCGUCCUUCGUUUCGUCCUCGUCCGAGUCAUCGUUUGGGCGGAACAUGAUCUCCAGCGCCAGCAGCGGCAGCAGCAGCUCGAGCAGCCUGUCUUCGGAUGAGUGGGCCACAAGAUCUCCUGCGCGCAAGAUCCCGCGUUGUAGGUGGCCGUUCACGUCUCGCCGCCGGACGAACUCUCGUCACGUGGGCACUGAAGAUCCCGCAGACGGUAACGAGGCCGGCGCGAGCAACGGAGCAGAUGCUGCCGGCACGAGCGACGAUCUGGUAUCGAAGCUUCGCGAGAUGGAAGAGGCUUUGACCUGCGCCAUCUGCAUGAAUCGGCGCCGUAACAUUGCAUUCAUGUGCGGCCACGGAACUUGCAGCAAGUGUGCAGCCCAGAUCGACAUCUGUCACAUCUGCCGACGGCCCAUCGAAAAAAAGAUCAGGCUUCAUUAGGCUCGCCUUCAUGCCGGAGAGGCAUUAUUAAAUUUUCGUUUG